UCCCCCGCUCCGCCGCCCCUAGCCACACAGCCUCUCCUCGGUUCCACUCCCCUUCAUUAACCACUCCGCCCGUCUCUGCUCGAGCUAGCCGUUCCUUCGACCCGGCCCGCCGCCUCGUGCUCCGCGUCGCGCGCUCGUUUUUGCCUGCCGCGGAUGGCGGGGAUCGACCUCAACACCGUGGAGGAGGACGAGGAGGAGUCCUCCGCGGAGCUGCUGCUCGCGGGGAGCGGCGCCGGGGACUGCUCCUCCCAGUCGCAGUCGCAGUCGCAAACCCACUCCCACUCGCACUCGCAGUCGCAGACCCAGUCCGGCCACGGCCAGGGGAGCUCCUCUGUCGCGACGCCGCCGCCGCCGCCGCCGCCGCGGCCCAGCGCGGUGUGCCUCGAGCUGUGGCACGCCUGCGCGGGGCCCGUCGCGCCCAUGCCGCGCAAGGGCGGCGUCGUCGUCUACCUCCCGCAGGGCCACCUCGACCACCUCGGCGACGCGCCCGCGCACGCCGCGCCGUCGCCCGCCGCCGUGCCGCCCCACGUCUUCUGCCGCGUCGUCGACGUCACGCUCCACGCGGACGCGUCCACGGACGAGGUGUACGCGCAGCUCUCGCUGCUCCCCGAGAACGAGGAGGUGGUCCGGCGGAUGCGCGAGGCCACGGAGGACGGGAGCGGCGGCGAGGACGGCGAGACCGUCAAGCAGCGCUUCGCGCGGAUGCCGCACAUGUUCUGCAAGACGCUCACCGCCUCCGACACCAGCACCCACGGCGGCUUCUCCGUGCCGCGCCGCGCCGCCGAGGACUGCUUCCCCCCUCUGGACUACAGCCAGCAGCGGCCGUCUCAGGAGCUGGUCGCCAAGGAUCUGCACGGCACCGAGUGGAAGUUCCGCCACAUCUAUCGAGGCCAGCCGCGCAGGCACCUUCUAACCACCGGAUGGAGUGCGUUUGUCAACAAGAAAAAGCUUGUCUCCGGGGACGCUGUACUGUUUCUGCGGGGCGACGAUGGGGAGCUUAGGCUGGGAGUGCGCCGUGCGGUUCAGCUUAAAAAUGGAUCUGCUUUUCCGGCGCUUUAUAGCCAAUGCUCAAAUCUUGGUACACUAGCUAAUGUUGCUCAUGCUGUGGCUACAAAGAGCAUGUUCCAGAUCUUCUACAACCCCAGGUUAAGUCAAUCUGAAUUCAUUGUACCCUACUGGAAGUUCGCCAAAAGCUUUAGUCAACCAUUUUCUGCUGGAUUGAGGUUCAAAAUGAGAUAUGAAAGUGAGGAUGCUGCUGAAAGAAGGUACACAGGGAUAAUUACUGGAACUGGUGAUGCAGACCCUAUGUGGCGUGGUUCAAAGUGGAAAUGCCUGCUGGUAAGGUGGGAUGAUGAUGGUGAGUUCCGUCGACCAAACAGGGUAUCUCCUUGGGAGAUUGAGCUGACCAGUUCAGCUUCAGGAUCCCAUCUGGCCGCACCAACUUCAAAGCGGAUGAAGCCAUACCUUCCCCAUGCUAAUCCAGAUUUCACAGUUCCACAUGGAGGUGGUCGCCCUGAUUUUGCUGAGUCUGCACAACUCCGCAAGGUCUUGCAAGGUCAAGAAUUAUUGGGUUAUAGAACUCAUGAUGGUACUGCUGUUGCUACUUCACAGCCAUGUGAAGCAAGGAACUUGCAGUACAUCGAUGAACGAGGUUGCUCUAACAAUGGGAGUAACAAUGUCCUAGGGGGGAUCCCAAGCCAUGGUGUGAGAACACCACUUGGAAUUCCCUACCAUUGCUCUGGCUUUGGGGAGUCUCAGAGAUUCCAAAAGGUCUUGCAAGGUCAAGAAGUUUUCCGUCCGUACCGAGGAAGUCUGGUUGAUGCACGCAUGAGAAAUGGCGGCUUUCAACAACAAGAUGGUCCUUAUGCAUCUGCUCUGUUGGAUAAAUGGCGCGCUCAACAACAGCAUGCGUUCGGUUUCGGGCCACCAGCACCAGUUCUACCGUCUCAGCCAUCGUUAUCACCACCUUCUGUGCUGAUGUUUCAGUUGGAUACGGAUCCAAAGGUCUCUCGAUUCGAGUUUGGGCAUGGGCACUUGGAUAAGAACGUGGAUGAUCCGUAUGCUAGGUUUGUCUCCGCUGAAGGCAUUGGAAGGGGAGAGCAAAUGUUGUCGCUCCGGCCUCAUCUUGGUUCAGAAGUGAUCGAUAGUCGUGUUGCAGUUGAGAACAAGGGUGUUGCACCUACCAACAGUUGCAAGAUAUUUGGCAUUUCUCUGGCUGAAAAGGUUCGGGCACGGGAUGAGAUGGGCUGUGAUGAUGGUGCUGCCAACUAUCCAUCUCCAACACAGCCCUUGAAGCAGCAAGUGCCGAAAUCCCUUGGCAACAGUUGCGCCACUGUUCAUGAGCAGAGGCCUGUUGUCGGCAGGGCGAUCGAUGUCCAACAAUGGAUAUGAAGAAGGAUCUAUGGGGCGGGCUGGAUUCGCGAGUCGAUCAUCGUCAUCUGUUGGUGAUUCUUGAUUUGAAAGCAGAGAAGCGUCUGCUCUGACCAUUUCCAGCCGAACCUUUGUGUAUCUUUUAGUAGUUGUAUGAUAACCGGUGGAGUUGUUGUUAUUCUGUGACCUAGAACUUAGUUGGCCAUAUCAUGAGCGUGACUUUUGGCUGCUGGAACUACCCUGUAUGGUUAAUAUGUUGUGGGAGGCCAUUAGCUGGUUCUGUUACAGCGCAAUUUGCAUGGCAUGCUGCUGUGCUCCUGUCUUUCUCUCCCAGUUUUA